AUGCGGCUAAUAGAAACAACCACGCUCGCCAUGGAAACCCACCUCGGCCGAGACGUACCUCCCUACGUAAUCCUCUCACACACAUGGGAAGAUGAGGAAGUCACUUUACAGGAUUGGAAUAGCCCUACGCGUGACGGAAUGAAGGGCUUCCACAAGAUACGUAUGACAUGUCAACUGGCAGCCUGCGACGGUAUAAAAUAUGCCUGGGUCGACACCUGCUGUAUCGACAAGUCCAACAGCGCAGAGCUUUCGGAGGCUAUCAACUCCAUGUACAGGUGGUACAAGGGAGCCAAAGUCUGUUACACCUACCUUUCUGACUUAUGUCUCCAUACAUCAGCAGCACUCGAAAGCUCUAUGGAUCGGGAGCUCUCUAUAAAAUCGGAAAGCUCUGUAGACUCGGAAAGCUCUAUAGAACCAGAUGACUCUGUUAAAUUGGAAGGUUCCAUCGAAACGAAUGCCUGUGUCCACCUGGAGCCCUUCUUGCGCGGAUGCCGAUGGUUCUACAGGGGCUGGACCUUGCAGGAACUCGUCGCGCCGGCUGUCGUGCUCUUCUACCAACACGACUGGGGGCUCGUUGGCAACAAGGCAGACUGGAGAUACAUACUUUCAAACAUCACAGGCAUCCCUUACGACGCCAUGGUCCAUUACCAGCUGUCGACCUACUCCAUCGCGGAGCGUAUGUCAUGGGCUGCAGGCCGCGAAACUUCGAGGGAAGAGGAUAUGGCCUACUGUCUUCUGGGCAUCUUUGACAUCAACAUGCCUAUGCUAUACGGCGAGGGGAGGAAGGCGUUCCGUCGAUUACAGGAGGAAAUCAUACGAACCAGUCAUGAUGUGACAAUUUUUGCCUGGACCAGGACUUACCCGGGUUCGGAACCAAGGCUUGCUGAAGGUCUUAAUGGCGGUGUGUUCGCACAGGCACCGGGAGAAUUCCAUCCAAUACCCGGACGAGACAUGUGGCGUCAGCCGAACGAGGUCACCGUCACUAACGCUGGGUUGAAGUUGACGCUCGAUCUGUGUCUCGCACGGAUGCCCCACACCGGCGAGUUGAGCUACGUGCUUCCGGUCUGCUUUUACGGCUGCGAUGGUUCCAGGCUCGGUGUCGAACUAGGAAAGAUAAGUUCAAGCACGUUCGUGAGGAAGAACAUCGAAACGCUCGUGGUAAUACCGAAUGAUGGAGAGACGAACCUGGAACGGCGAAUUCGCUGCCCAGAUUCGUACAUCCUAAUAGACGCACAGUUCAGCAUGGUCCUCCAAGGAAUGAAUAAUAACAUUAAUCCGCACUGGCUCUACUUCGCGUUUCCCCUGGAAUGCACAGUUAUCAGAGCGUGGCCGUCGGAUCGCUGGGAUGCCGCGAAGAGCGCAUUCAUAGCGUCAUUUGGCGAGCCGAAUUGUGGGUCAAUACUCGUCGAAGUACAGAUUCCUACGCUGGUUGAGGACGAUGAUGAUGGCAUCGCCAGACAGUCCCAGACCGGAGAAUUCAUGUUCCUAUUUAAUAGGCUCCCCUGCCCCGACAACAGCCACCCUAUGCUAUCCACGUUGGAUUUGCAAUGCACCAUUCUCGGGUACAGAGAGCACCAGUUGAAGCUGGAUGUCAUUAACAUGAGGAUCGCAGCCGGAGAUAUGGGUGCAGGAGAGAUGCGACGAACCCUCAGAAACUUCGCGAUCCCUAGACAACGGGAAGCUUCUAUUCCUGUCGACGGAUUGGGACGGUUCAUCUAUGCUUCGGUUGAUUAUGUGGAAAAUUGGCAGAGCAAACCCCCGCAAAGGUGCGUAUUCAGAGGCUCCUCGGCCGCCCUGUAG